UAUCAGUACUCUUAUCUCUGUUAGAAUUACUGCUAUCAAUACCAGACAAUUUCACAUGGAUGAAAACUGAGAGUUUGAAUUCUCAUGAGUUUGCAGGAUAAUGAAAUUUUGGAAUGAUCUAUAGUUUUUUGUAUAACAGACUGCCUUUUGGAUAAAACAUGGUGGAUUGACAUUAUAUUUUAUUGUCUGUGAAGUGUUUUGCCUAAGUACUUAUAUGAAAAAGAGACACUGAAAUCUUAUUUUCACAAAGGAAACAAAACUUUCAUAAAAUGUCAAUUGAGCUUGAGGAGGAAGAUUGUAUAAUGGAGCUAGAUUCUAGUAGUAGUAGACUAACUGACAGUCCCAGGAGGAGAUUCAGCUAUGACUUCCAGAAGAAAUUGAUGAUAAUGGAGGAGGGCAACAACAACCACGUUGCUAUGGAUGUUACCAUGACAGCGGGGCGCAAAGGAUCAUUGACAGGGGACUCUGAGGCAGAUCUGAGCAUGUUACAGCAGAGGAAGGAUGAAGCCCUCACCCCCAUGAAGGAAGACCUUGCAGAUUGGCUACAGAACACUCUAAGUAUAGACAUUACAGCUGAUACGUUCAUGGAUGCCUUGGACAAUGGUGUCUAUGUGUGCAAGCUGGCAGAGCUCAUACAUACCAAAGCUUUAGAAUGGCGCUCAGAAUGUAGAUCAGAAGAAGACAUUCCACAGUUUAAAAUCCGUUAUCGCAAGAAUGCUCAAUCAGGAAGUUUCUUUGCCCGAGACAACACAGCCUGCUUCUUGAAGUGGUGUAGGGCUUAUGGGGUGAAAGAUGAAUGCUUAUUUGAAUCAGAAGGAUUAGUUCUGCACAAACAGCCAAGAAGUGUAAUUGUGUGUCUGUUAGAGCUGGCACGUAUAGGGAUGAAGUAUGGUCUAGAACCCCCACAUCUUAUAAAGAUGGAGACAGAGAUUGAGAAGGAAGAGGAGGAAAUACAGGAAAUACAUGUUCCAGAGCUUAAGAAAGUUAAGGUUCAGGCGCAAAGACCUGAAUCUGGAAAAUUGAAAAAGAAACAAAAAACAGAUGAUAUAGAUGUAGAGGUGCAGAGACAAACCAGUAGGUGCCAGUGUCCUAACUGCUUCAAGCUCACUCGUAUUUCAGAGGGCAAGUACAAUAUUGGAGGCAAGGUCCUCUUUAUCCGGAUGUUGAAGGGCAAGCAUGUGAUGGUGCGUGUAGGAGGGGGCUGGGACACCCUACAGCACUACAUUCAGACACAUGACCCAUGUAGGAUCAUGGAGAUGAAACGUGCCGGAAGCAAGGGGAGUUUACUAGAUGCUGAUGAAGUUAAACGUAAAGUGGGAAGCAGGGCUGGAAGCAUGGAAGAUAUAGCUGAUGAGAAGUUUCUUGUCAUUAAAGGACGAUAUAAAGGUGUGGGAAAAAAAUCAUAGUGUCAUAUAUAACAAUAUGUGUGCAUCUAAGUACAAUGCUUCCAAAGGUCUCAUAUAUGAAUAGUUUGGAAAUGUGUCAGAACUACAAAAUGCAGAAAAGAAUUGGAAAGGGAGGAAUCUGCAAGGAAUAAAGUAAAGUGACACAUACCGUUCCCAAGAAAAUGAAAAAAUGAAUAAAAACAUGUCUUUUAAAUGGUUUGGAAGAAGCAUGACUAAAAAGAAAAUGCAUGCAUGGGAAUAUACUAAAAAUCCUUUGACCUAUGACUUACUGGAUGUCCAGAAUUUCUUGGAAUGGUAUAUUAUUAAAUUAUUCAUUCCAUGUGUUUUCAAUGUAAUCAGAAGUAUAGUUGUGACGGACAAUUUAAAUCUCACUCAAUCAAUCAUGAUGCGAUGAGAAAUGGCUAUGGGUAUGAGGCCAGCUCAAUUCAGCAGUGCUAUUCUUGUUUGAUUUUUGCCCACUUUUCUCGUCCUUUACCGCAUCCAUAUUCUUGUUUAGAUCUGAUCACUUCGCAAAGGGUGAACCUUCGACUGGGUACUUUUAAAUGCAAAUGAAGUACUCGAGAAGAAAUUUUCAAAUGACUGUUCAUUCAAAAAAGCUGCCAUUUUUCAUGAAAAAAUGUUAUUUAUAAUAACUUAAAAUGCCAGUAAUAGGAUUCGGUGUUAAUUUAUUUAUGUCAUGUAAUGUCCAAAAUGAUGAGGUAUUUAAUAAAAUAUGUUUUGUCAAUAGGAAUCCUCUACUCCAUGGAUAUGCUUCUUUUUAGUUGAGAUCUUACUUUAGGGUUGUUCAGUUUUCCCGUAUUAGUUUAGAUUCUUCAGGUAUGCUAAAAAAAUCAUGAAAAUAACAAAAUAGAAUAAAAUCAAAAUAAAUAGAGAUACUUUUUUACACUCAGUAAGUUGAAGGUGGAGAUUGAGUUUUUUUUAGUAUAUUUCCAGAUAAUGUACUUGUCAUACAUGCACUUGUAAGUGCACAAUAUUUUAGUUAUUUAUAUUCCUUUAUAAGAUACAUUCAGGAUAUUUGAUCAGAAAAUGUGUACUUGUAUUGUACUGUUGUACAGUAUUUGCAAAAUAGAGCAUUUUUGGAUUCUAAAGGUGCAACAGUUAAGAGUUAGCACUUUUACGCAAUGUUUUUGCAUUAUUUCUGGAUCUCAUUCCGCAGAGUUUCUCUUAACUUGCCAAAUAUUUAAUCUAAUGACAUUGUAUUACUCUCUGAUAUUAUUUAAAAUCAUCAUUAUUUAUGCCAAAUUAUAUUUUUCUACAGUAUAGUAGCUUAUUUAAUUUAUGAAUCCCACUUUUGUUUUUAUCACAGCUUUUUUAUAUUAAAGAUACAUGAGAUCACUUUACU